CGUUUGCGCACCACACAUUGCAACGCACUUGCAUUUUCGCAACUAGCCCCGGAGCGCAAGCAGCAGCAAGAUUUCCGUCCACAGCAUGGGCAGCAGCGACAUCGUCGAGCCGGCACAGCCGGAGCAGCAGCAGGAAGAGACCGUGGCUAUGGAGGAAGCGACUUUCAGUGUGCUUGUGGCGCCUCCCGCUGGUAAGAGCGGCCAACCUGUGCGUUUGGAGAGUGUUAGCCUUUCGGACACCGUCGUAGCACUUCGCCAGCUCAUUGGUGAGUUUCCAGCGCUUGCAUGCUACACGUGCUACCACUUGGAGGCAAAGAGCCUUACGGAUGACAGCUGGCUGCCGCUUAAUGAUUUCGUGGAGCUCAGCGAGUACGAGAAUGUGACGGAUGGUGUCACGCUGCGCAUGGUGCUGGACAAGUACGACGCCCGCAAGGCGCGUGCUCAAGUGCGUCGCUUCCGUGAUGUGCUGAGCAACCCCCCGAUUCCUCAAUCUGCCGUGGAACCCGAGGCCCAACCGGAGACUGCCGACAAGGUGGAGGAACCUGCAGAGGGCGAGGAGGUGGACGAGAAGAAGCUCAAGGAGAUCUCGGAACAACAGCUCAAGCGUCUGCGUGAGAUUCACCACAAGCUCGAGGGCAUCGAGAUCCCCGUUGUACCGGAGCUCUCGGAGUUCUACUCGUUCCCUGGUGCCACCCCUACGGUGAAGGAGGAAACGGAGCAGACGGAAAUGCCUGCUAAGGGUAAGAAGGGGAAGAAGGGAAAGAAGAACCAACACAAGCAAAAGCAACAGCAGCAAAACGAGACCAGCCAGCAGAAGGAGCACGAGCAGCAGCCGGAUGCUAAGCUCCCUGCUUGCGUCAAGAGCAUCGUGUUUUCGGGCUACAACCCGCCUCCAGGACCGCGCAAGCUGGCGGGCGACCUGCUCUACCUGGAAGUGGUCAUUGCUGGUGACAACACACGCUACCACAUCACGUCGCACGUCAACGGAUUCUUCGUCAACCGCUCGACGGCCACCAAGUUCGACCCGCGUCCACACAAGACUGCUCCAGCCCACUCGCACCUGCUGGUGGACGUAUUGAGCAAUGCGUCGCCAAAGUUCAGGGAGUCAUACGCUGCUCUCCUUACCAAGGCUGCGUCUCUGGCCAAGGAGGGACCUUCUUCGAUUGAAUGGAUGGUGGCUGCUGGUUCCAACCUGGGCGGUAAGCUCCCGUGGAACACGCCUGUGACUACAGCGACGGAGGAGCACAGUUACGACCUGAACCGCGCUGAGGACGAGCUUUGCACCACUUAUGGCAUGGACGAGCGUGGUGUGUUGCGCGACUGGAACGAAGAGUACCAAUGCUGUCGUGAAUUGCCGAAGAAUACAAUCAAGGAGGAGAUUGUGCGUGCUCGUGUCAUGUACAAGAUCGUGACGGAGUUUGUGGAGGCUGCGACGCAGGGUGCAGUGGCUAUUGUGGAGGGGAACAUUCCUCCUAUUAAUCCCAUGGACGACAAGAGUGCUCACGUCUAUGUGUUUAACAACAUCUUCUUCUCGGUGUCCAUUGAUGGUAAGUCUACUAAGGAUGCUGCUGGAGGCGAGGAGAAUGCCUACUCCGCUGCCAAUCGCGACCUGCAGGGCGUCAAGGCAUUUAAUGAAGCGGAUGUCAAGGGUCUGCACACUCUGGCCACGACCGUCGUGGACUACCUUGGUGUUCGUGUCAUCGCCCAGAGUCUUAUCCCGGGAAUCCUGAUGGGAGACGCUGCCUCGAAGCUUGUGUACGGCUCGGUGGACCACGGAAAGACCAUUGCGGCCAACAGCAAGAUGCACGAGCUCAUGCUUGAAGCAGGCAAGAAGCUGCACAUUGCUGAGCGUAGUAUUAAACCCCUUGGUAAGAGUGAAGAAGACUUGGCUGCUGAGAAGGAGCAGGAAGCUUUAGGCAUUGCUCCUGUGAGUGGUGGUGAGGCCAGCACUGACGUUGCAACCAUUUGCGGUGCCGUAGAGGCCAAGGGAAUCCAAGGCUCGGACGGACGUCUGUACGUCUUGGAUCUCGUCCGCAUUACUCCGAAGGACUGGACAUUCUACAAGCAACGUGAUGCUGCUCUGAAGAACACGGGGGAAAAGAAGGAUUCUGCUCCUGAAGAGGACGGGCUAUGCUUCACGCGUAACGACGAGGGCUAUGCUGCUCUGUUGCGACCGGAACUGGUUCAGCUGUACUCGCUCUGGAAGGAAAACCAGGCCCGCCGUGCCAACCGCGAGGCCCGUAAGGCAGCAAAGGACGCUAAGAAGGCUGAGGAGGAGAAAGAGAAGCAACAGAAUAGUACUGAAGAUGAUGGCGAGAAGAAGGACGAUGCUGCUACCGAGAAGGAGACUGAAGAGACCGAAGAAGAAGAGGAGGAGGAGGAAGAGAUCCCACCGGUGCUGCUCAACCCGAACGUCUUCAUGGACUAUGCGGCUUCCACUGAUGCGAAGCAGCUCGAGGCUGAUGAGGCAGCCGCGAAGGACGCUGCGGAGUAUAUGCAGCGUAUCGUUGUACCGGCGUUUGUUGCUGAUGUGCGUCGCGGUGCUAUCGCUCCAGCUGAUGGCUACGCUCUCACGCAGUUGAUGCACUCUUGCGGUAUCAACAUGCGUUACCUGGGUCGUUUGGCCUCGCUUGCCAAAAAGCUGGAGGCCAUUAGCGGUAUUUCCAAGUACUUGCUGGAGAUGUUGGAGGUGGAGAUGAUUGCGCGUGUUUCGAAGCACAUCCUGGCUGAUGUCUUGAACUCCAACGACUCGAUUCGUGCGGCCCCUGGAACGGCAAUUGUGAAGCUCCUCAAUGGCAUUCUUGGAUCCAUCUCGGCUGCUGCUGCGGACAGGACCGACGAGGCCAAUGGCACCGAUGCUACCACAACGGCCUCACUGGAUGCCAAUACGCUGUGGACGCGCAUUGACAAGGAGAUUAAGGCCCGAUUUGACUACAAGUUGACUCUGUGGGGUCCUGGCCGUGACGAAUCUCGUGGCGAGGAUGCUGCCUUCCCUGCUGGCCGUGUCAACAAAUCGGUCAUGCUGCGACGUCUGUGCCAGCGUCUGGGUCUGCGAGUUGUGAGCCGUAACUACGAGUUCUCGUCAUCGUCGCCGAUCAGCCUGGAUGACAUCACUGGUGUCGUGCCUGUCGUCAAGACCUCCUUGCCUGCACACCCGUUGGCUCAGGCGAAGCAGCUCCUCGAACGUGGUCGCAUGCACUUGAGCCAGGGCGCUCUGUCGAAUGCGUACGAGUUCCUUCAAGAGUCAUCGUCUCUGCUCUUCCAGGUGUGUGGUGCAGCCCACGAGGAUGCAGCACUCUGCAGCUCGUCGCUCGCUACUGUGCUCUACCACGCUGGUGACGUCGCCGGGGCUAUUACACAGCAACAACGAGCGUUGGCACUGUACACGCAGCUCCAGGGUAUCGAUUACCACGACACGGCUUACGCGCACGCGAACUUGGCGUUGUUCUUACACGCGAACGCCCAGACGGACCUGGCAGUGCCGCACAUCCGCCGCGCGAUUUACCUGCUGGAGUUCUGCUGCGGCCCUCACUUCCCUGAGAUUAGCUCGCUCUACUUCAAAAUGGGUAUGAUGUGCCAGGAUGUGGGGCAGAUUACGUUGGCACUCAUGUGCCACCGCGAGUCUCUUCGUCGUGGUGAGUUUGACCGCAACCAGGCGGCUAACGUUCUCCACCAAAUGGCUUUAGCGUGCAGUCUAGCUGGUGGCUACCGUGAGGCUCUGAUGUACGAGAAGAAGGUGUACUCGCUCAUGAAGGAGGCGUUCGGAGACGAGGACCCACGAGUAAUUGAGUCGGCCAAGUUCAUGGCCAAGUUCACGGAGAAGGCCGUCGAGGGUGCAAAGGGCCGUCGGGAAGUGGACGCUGCUGAAGCCGCUGAUGCGAUUGCCAACGAACUGCUCGGUGAGCUUGAAUUCAAGACCCAGUCGGGACAAGAUGCUGGAUCGCCGCCUGCGACCAAGAAGAAAAACCGCAAGUCCAAGAACAGUGGAAAAAAGCACUAAACAUGCCCCAGCGAAGUUGUGGUGUCUACAGGAAAAGCAAGGAGCAAUAGGAAACAAACAGAUAGCACAUCAGGAAACAGAUUUAUAGACAGUCUACUUGUUCUCGAGUGCCGAACUCUGUUCUACUUGA